GCAAGAGGAGGCUGAGCACGAUUUGGUAACGCAAGCCGGUGAGGUUCUCCAGGUUUGACGUCAGUAAAGAGAAAUUACCUCUAUAUAAACAAGAGGAAACGACAGUGGGGGGAAAGAAUCAGAAGACACUGCGAUAAGAAAAAGACACAGCACACCAACUCCCAGCAGAAAGAGGGGAGUACCUAUAUAUCCAAACAUGCCUAAUUCCAGCAGCUCAACUUCGUCAACCAAGAGUAUCCGCAGGGCAGCGUCGGAAUUGGAACGAUCCGACUCAAUCACGUCUCCGAGGUUCGUGGGAAGGCGGCAGAGCUUAAUAGAGGACGCAAGGAAAGAAAGGGAGGCGGCAGCCGCCGCCGCCGAAGCUGCUGAAGCGACUGAACAGAUCGUGUUUGAGGAGGACGACGGAAAGGCAUUGCUCAAUCUCUUCUUUACUUUGAGGCGCUCAAAGAGCCCCACGUUGUCACGAGCUCUGAAGGUGUUCGAGACGUUUGAAGCCAAGAUCCACCAUCUAGAGACUCGUCCGAGCAGGAAGCCCCGAGACGGGCUGGAGGAUCUGGAGUACUUCGUCCAGUGCGAGGUGCACCUCUCCGACGUCAGCACCCUGGUCAGCUCCAUUAAACGCAUUGCAGAGGAUGUCAGGACCACCAAGGAAGUCAAAUUUCAUUGGUUUCCCAAGAAGAUUACAGAGUUGGACCAAUGUCAUCAUCUCGUUACCAAAUUUGAUCCAGAUUUGGACCAGGACCAUCCGGGAUUUACUGAUCCUGUCUACAGACAACGAAGGAAGAUGAUUGGAGACAUUGCCUUCAGAUACAAACAAGGAGUGUCCAUACCUCGAGUGGAAUAUACAGAGGAAGAGAUCGGGACGUGGCGAGAGGUGUACGGCACCCUGAGGGAUCUGUACACCACUCACGCAUGCAGUGAGCACUUAGAGGCUUUCCGUCUGCUGGAGAAACACUGUGGCUACAGCCCCGACAACAUCCCUCAGCUGGAGGAUGUGUCAGGCUUCCUCAAAGAGCGCACGGGGUUCACUCUGCGUCCAGUCGCUGGUCUUCUCUCGGCGAGGGACUUCCUGGCCAGCUUGGCAUUCCGGGUGUUUCAGUGCACUCAGUACAUCCGCCACGCCUCAGCCCCUAUGCACUCCCCUGAGCCGGACUGUGUUCAUGAACUCCUUGGUCACGUUCCCAUGCUGGCCGAUCGGACGUUUGCUCAGUUCUCACAGGCCAUUGGUCUGGCCUCUCUUGGAGCAUCUGAGGAAGACAUAGAGAAGCUCUCAACAAUGUACUGGUUCACUGUGGAGUUUGGGCUUUGUAAACAGGGAGGGGUUGUGAAAGCCUACGGGGCUGGACUCCUCUCCUCCUUUGGAGAGCUUGUGCACUCCCUGUCUGAAGAGACAGAGAGGAGAGAGUUCGACCCAGAAGUGGUCGCUGUCCAGCCCUACCAGGACUUCACCUAUCAGUCGGUCUACUUUGUGUCCGAGAGCUUCACGGACGCCAAAGAGAAGCUAAGGAAAUACGUGGCAGGCAUCAAGAGGCCCUUUUCUGUGCGAUUCGACCCAUACACAUACAGCAUUGAGGUCCUGGACAACCCACUGAAGAUCCGCGGAGGCCUGGAGUCCCUGAAGGACGACCUGAAGCUUCUGAGCGACGCUCUGAAUGUGCUGGCGUGAUGGCUGCCUGCAGACUCGCUUGCAGGCGUUUCUAUGGUGAUUUGAUGUGUGACACUAUAGUUGCUUCUCAUGUGCUUCUCUGUACAUAGACCCAGUGCAAGCUGCUGCUUUGAAAAGGCUGAGUGGCUAAAGCCUGACACUUCAUGUCCGAAAUGGCCUCCCAAGAGCAUUUAACGAAUCACUUUGGUGACUUCAAAGAAUCUGUGUCAAUUAGACAUGUUAUUUUGAUAUAUGGUGUGACUUAUUAACUACCCAAUCAAGUACAGCCUUGUCUGUGACUGCAACAAUCAAAAGUUAUUGAACUAAAGUAAUAUGGUUGAUGGGUCAUAUUAUAUGUGUGUGUAAUAUUAUUUCAAGAAGGAAAGGUAUAUUUAAUAUGAGGUUUCAUAAAAGGAUACAUUGUGAGUUGUUGUCUGCCCACAAGUGAACACCUACAUAGCAAUGUGACAGUGAGAAACGAUCCCAAACUAGCAGAGGGAGAUGAAAUGUGUUGUAAAUCCCCCAGGAAAGGGUCAAUGGCGUAUUAACAUGAGCCUCUCUCUCUUCCAAGCAGGAAAUGUUGCGUAAUGUGCUCUUCUUCAUGGUCUGAAAUGAAAACACCUGUAUUACAUAUCUGUUUGCCCGCUCGGGCAAGUUACUUGCUGCUUCUGUAAAGACAAAACUAUCUAAGAUGAAUUAAACAACGACCAAACAUUAA